AUGCCGCCAUUGACGCUAGAAGGAGAGACACUCGGCGAGAAGCGCCGAAACUUCAACAAACUUGUCGCAGACGCAGUCGCUAGUAAACAUUAUGAACUAACGCCGAUUAGUGACACAGAUAGCGACAUAAAUAAUCUUCUGAAAAUAGAAAUCGCUUGUAAAAACAGAAAUGUAGACUACGUCAUCGAAGUAAUGAAAUCCAAAGACAUGCUGUACGCAUCGACAGCUAUUAAAAAGUCCACGUGGCUAAUCACAGACCCGCAGUACGCAAACAUCAUCAACCCUGAGUACCUACACACACAACUAAAGCCUUACAUGACCACCAAAGCAUUUAACAAACUCAUGCUUCACAUCAGACUCAAUCUGAAAGAUGAAAGUCGAGUCGAAACCUUCUAUGAAUAUUUUAAAGAAACAGAAAACGCAUGCAAAUGGCUUCAGAACUGUUCUAUACCUUUUAUUGAAAAUGUUAUACAAAACGAACGCCUCGUUCCGAAGUGGCUCUUCGAACGCUUAUGUAAUAGAUCUGAUAAUUUUCUAGCAUAUAAUAAUCGUGUUCAGAUAUACCCAUACGAGCGAGGAAAUUUAGUCCUAUUUAUGUUAAAGUCUCAUACUGAAGAAGUCCUAAAUAUAUUCGAAGGCGAAGAAGUAUCACGCGCCCCAGAUUUGGGCAAAAAGAGAACAAAAUUUCUUUUAAGAAAAUGCCCAGAUAGAAUAUUCAACAAUUUCAAAAAAUACAGCACAUCACUCGACAACUCUAUGCUCGUAAAACAUGUAAAAAAAAGUGAAAUAGAAGCAUUCCUAUACCAAAAUGCAACCGAAUUAGCUUUCUAUUAUGAAGACAAGAAAUUUAUGGAAUUCAUAAGAAAAAUGGACGAAAAAGAAAGGAUAGAGUUUAUAAGGAAAGCUUUUAUUGACAGAACUGAAAUGAUAUUUGAAGAAGAAAAUAUAAAACACAAACUAUGUGUGAAUGAAUCUGAUUACAAGGACAUAGUAAACAUUUUAGAGAAUAUGUUUACGUUAUUGAAAGAUUGGAAAAAAGCACUCUCUGAUUACCCAGUUGUGCACGAACAAAUUCAAAAACUAAUUCAGAUAAAAGAAGAAAUGAAUUGGACUACAGAUUUGGCACAUUUAUACAAUAUGAACAAAUCGUGGCGCAAGUACUUGUUUGAAGUGUCCCUAUCACUCUCAUUGUGCGAGGAAACAUGCCUGAAUGCUCUGAAGCACAAGCCACAGCUGCUGACGCGUCACGACAAUCAAAUACACACGUUGCGAACUAACGACGCGGUCUCACUGCGCCGUGUGCUCGCCAAGCUGCGCGUUUACUGGCCAGACUCACUCGCCCGGCACUGGACAGAGGCUUACAUGCAAAGUUUAAAUGAACCUACUGGACAAAAAGCUGUUAUUAAAGGUCUCUUUGUACUUCUUGCUGCAAAUGAAGUGGUAAAACUGUCGAAAAAAUAUGUUCCAAACGAUUUCGACAUAAACUGGGGCGACACUGACCAGAUUGACAUUAUCAUGCGAAAAAAUAUUGCGAAUCAUUUGCACAUAGUCAGACCAUUUGUACCUUUAGAUACAGUGUUAUGGUUUGCUAAAGUAAUGGAGUUCUUAGACGAGGACUUUGUCGCCUACAAGUUAUUGUCUCAAGCAGUAUCAAAAUUCGAUACGUCGUGGCACGGAAAUCAGUAUUUACCAUCCCUUGCGUGUUUCAUAUUAUGUGGUCGAAAUGAAGAAAAUCAAGUUCAGAGGUUUAGGAAGAUCAUAUCCGUGGUCAUCAUGACGCGUUUAACGUUAGAAGGCGAUACACUCGGCAAGAAGCGCCAGCUUUUCAACAACCUCGUGGCAGACGCGGUCGCUAGCAAGCAUUAUGGUCUAACACCAAUUAAUUAUACAGACAGUGAUUUAGACAAUCUUCUGAAAAUAGAAAUUGCGUGUAAAAACAAAAAUGUAGACUACGUUAUCGAAGUAAUGAAAUCCAAAGACAUGCUGUACGCAUCGACGGCUAUUAAAAAGUCCACGUGGUUAAUCACUGACCCGCAGUACGCAAACAUCAUCAACCCUGAGUACCUACACACACAACUAAAGCCUUACAUGACCACCAAAGCAUUUAACAAACUCAUGCUUCACAUCAGACUUAAUCUGAAAGAUGAAAGUCGAGUCGAAACCUUUUAUGAAUACCUUAAAGAAACAGACGACGCGUGUAAAUGGCUCCAACACUGCUCCAUACCUUUUAUUGAAAAUGUCAUCAAAAACGAACGUCGUGUACCAGUAUCGGUAUUCAAACGUCUGUGCAAGAGAUCUGCUCACUUUCUUUCAUACCAAUCACGCGCUGAAUCUCGGUUUAGGAGUGUACAAGAACACGUAUUAUUCAUGUUAAAAUCACACACUGAAGAUGUCAUAAAAAUUUUUGAAGAGGAUAAAUAUCAUUAUAUGCCCAGUCUAAAUAGAAAAAGGACAAAAAUCAUAAUGAAAAAAUAUCCACAAAAAGUCUUCGACGAGUUUGAUAAAUACUACGGAUCCCUUGACUUAUCUGAAUUUGCGAAAUAUUUACCGAAAAAUGAAAUUAAAACGUUUCUAUGCAAAGCAACGCAGUAUAUGUUUACCCAAAUAGAAACAUGGCGAUACUUCCUCAACAAUAUGGAAAAAGAUGAUAGGUUUGAAUUUGUUAAGAAAACUUUAAUCGAUAAAACUGAAUUUGAUAUUAUAACCGAUCAAAGUAUACGUAAAUUUUUAGAGGAGACCAAUACUUAUCAGUGGUAUGAGUUUCUUCCAUUUGAUGUUGCGUUUUCUGAAUUAAAGAAUCUUAUCCGGAAGCAAAACUUACCGGCAGAUCGGUGUUCCAUCCUCACAAUCUUAAUUAGUAGCGCUAGAAAAAAUCCGGAUUAUAUUAAGGCAUUACUGAAGUAUUAUUAUGAAAAACACAUCAAUGAACCCUACAAAUAUAAGAUUCAGUUCGUUAACGCUCUGUUGUCGAAUGUAUCAACGCACGAGUACGACGUUGAAACUUGGAAUUAUUUAAAUCAAUUGUUUCAUAGUAUGGAAGUAUACGUCGAAUCAAAUAACGACGUCCGACAUUGUCUUGAAGCCAUAAUACUGUACAAUGUUAUACACGAUGAGCCAGUACCAGAAAUAGUGGAACAAAAACAAUCAUUUAAUACUUUUCGAAACAAGAGAAACGCGUUAAAUGAGGAACAACAAAACAAAUUAUUCACUUACAUCCUAAACUCUACAUGGUCAAAAAUUAAACCUGAAAAUAUAACAAACGAGUCCCAAUUAGAUAUAAAUUUGCGAGAGCUAGGGAAUGUAAUGUUGUUGUUGAAUGAUUGGAAUAAAACCAUCACUGAUUAUCCCUUUGUACUCGAAAAAAUACAAGAGUUAACAAAAAUAAAGGAUGAGAAUAACUGGAACACAAACUUGACUAACUUAUACAAUGUGAACAAAUCGUGGCGCAAAUACAUGUUUGAAGAGGCGCUGUCACUAUCACUGUGCGAGGAAACAUGCCUGAACGCUCUGAAGCACAAACCACAGCUGCUGACGCGACACGACAAACAGAUACACACGUUGAGAACUAACGACGCGGUCUCACUGCGACGUGUGCUCGCGAAGCUGCGCGUCUACUGGCCGGACACACUCGCCCAGCACUGGACAGAGGCUUACAUGCAAAGUUUGAAUGAACCUACUGGACAAAAAUCUAUAAUUGAAGGUGUCAUUCUACUAUCUCCUAUCGACCAAGUAAUACAACUGGGAAAGAAAUAUAUUCCUGCCAGUUUCAAAAUAAAUUGGAGUGACGCUAAUCAAACCGAAAUUAAUAUACAGAAAAAUAUUGCAAAACAUCUACACAUAGCACGGCCGCUUGUAUCCUUGGACGCGGUGUUGUGGUAUGCUAAAGGUGAUUUCUUACAGAACGUUACUGCAAUGAAUAGACAGCCAUGA